AUGGAAGAUGGGAUGAUGGAGAGCUACAGGUAUAUGGAUCGCACCUUUUCUGAGUCGUCCGCGAAUUCCUCCGGAGCUUUCAGCGAUUUCGGUAGUGAACGAUCCGGCGAGUUCGCCCUCAACUCGCAGAUCGCACACCGGAUCAUCGCCUCCACGGCGGCGGAAUCCAACUGCUCGGAAGGCCUGGAACGCAGCCUGGUCGCUGAUCUGGAGUCCGACUCCGUCGAGGCGCAGCGCCGGGCGGCGAUGGAGAUCCGACUGCUCACGAAGUGUAACGCCGAUAACCGCCUCCGGUUCGUCCGAGAGGGAGCGGUGAGGCCGCUCGUGUCCCUGAUGUCCUCCACGGAUCCUCAAAUCCAGGAGCACAGCGUCACGGCCAUCCUGAACCUGUCGCUGCGCGACGAGAACAGAGACGCCAUCGCCGCCGCCGGCGCCAUCAAGCCGCUCGUCCGCGCGCUCAAGUUUGGCACCGCGGCGGCCAAAGAGAACGCCGCCUUCGCUCUCCUCCGCCUCAGCCAUAUCGAGGACCACAAGGUCGCCAUUGGACGGUCGGGCGCCAUCCCGCUCCUGGUGAACCUUCUGGAGACGGGAACACUCCGCGGGAAGAAGGACGCAUUAGCCACCCUCUACACGCUCUGCUCCGCGAGGGAGAACGAGGUCCGCGCUGUGCAGGCCGGGAUCAUGAAGCCUCUCCUCGAGCUAAUGGCCGAUCCCGACUCCGGCAUGGUGGACAAGGCCGCCUUCGUCAUGAACAUCCUGGUGGUCUCUGGCGAGGCCAGGGCCGCCGUCGUGGCCGAGGGAGGCAUCCCCGUGCUUGUGGAGAUCGUCGAGGUGGGACUGGAGAAGCAGAAGGAGAUGGCCGCCUCCGUACUCCUGCAGAUCUGCGAGGAGAGCGUUGCCUACCGUAGCAUGGUCGCCCGCGAGGGCGCCAUCCCUCCCCUCAUCGCCCUCUCGCAGGCCGGUACUACCAAGGCCAGGAAGAAGGUAGUACCAAUCAUCGUCGAAUAGUGAAAUUAGUUCGUGGCUCGGCAUUUAUUUCAUUUUAUUUAUAUUUAAUGACUCAUUUUAAUGUAAUUUUUCCUUCAUUUAUUUUUUAUAAAUAUUUUCAUUUAUUUUUAAAUUUUUUAAUAGGGUUAUAUAUUGUUAUUUAUUUAUUUAUUUGUAUUGGAUUUAUUCUCCUGGUGCUUCUAGGAUGGAUGAGAAAAUUGGGGGGUAGAAAAUGACCUUUUUUUUACAACAAAAAAAUCUCAGGCGGAGGCGUUGAUCGGGCUGCUGCGGCUGGCGAGAGCGGGAAACAGCCGAUGGACGGCGGCUGAUGGACCGGAUUAG